UGAUAGUUGGAUUAGUUGUUGACAACAACUUUUGGAUAUACAUUUAUCCAAAUAGUGCCUCUAUUAUACUAUUCUAGAACCAACGUUUUUAUGGAAACACAUGUUCUUCAAAGAGUGCAGUAUAAUUUUCCAGAUUUGUUCGAUGGUUGUAGGGUGUCAUUGUUAGAGUUACUAUUCCAUUUAGUACUUUCUCUGUUACUGUAUGUGGUAAUUACUUAUUGUUAAAGCUGGUUUAAUUGUUAGCUAAUUGUUAGUUUGUCAGUUGUUUGCCACGUGCAAGUCAUCUGCAGCUUCUUAGCUAACUAUAAGUUCAUGUACGUACUUCCAGUCAAGCCAAGAGAUAGACAAGGGAUGACAGCUGGAGUGUAACAGUUUACGUGAGAGCAAGAAAUCAUGAGAAUUUAUUAUAGCUGCAUUGAUUCAAGAAAUCAUCUGUGCCGAUUUAUAUUUUGCUAUUCACGCUGAAUCCAUUGUCAAUAAAUAUUGCAGAAAUCCAAUGUGAGUAUGAGUUUGAAAUCUCUCCCCCACCCCCAACAAAUGUGAUCAUCAUUCUUUUUUUCAUGAAAAUUCAUUAGUUAAGGGCUUAGGGGAUCAAGACUUUUUUUUUUGGCGGUGGGUGCAUAUAUAUCCUGGAUGUGCCAUGAGCUUCAUUACCCAAAAGUCCACUACAACAAAAUUGGAAGAAAUGGCAUGAUUUAACAUAGAGAGAGUUUAUAUCUAAAUUACAUUGGUCUCAUUGAAAUCAGAGAGCAUUUUUGUUUCUUUAACUUAAGUGGUUUUUGUCAUUGCCACUGUGAUUGUUAUUGUGUUUUUCUGCAUUCAAAUUCCUAAUGCAUGUAUUGUGGAAGCUUAUUUUUGUUUCUUUUGUGCUGGCAUAUAUGAAGUUUAUUAUGUAUUUUAUUCAUUAAUAUCUGUUAUGAAGUAAAUUAUGUACUCUAUUGAUCGAUUAGAAUUAGUUUGUUUGGUUUAAUUUUAGACAUUGCUUGAAUCUAAAGAUGAUGGAUAAAGAGUGGGUGUGGCUUCCCAGGUAAGAAUCAUAACUUAAUUUUUUUGGUCACCAAUACUUGCAAUGUAACAUAGAAAUUUAAUUAGACUUAGAAUGUUUUUUUUUCCUGUUCUCUUUCUUUUUAAUCAUAGAUCUAGUUCAGAGUAUGAGCAAAGAGCAUUACAUUUUGUGAAGACGGCUGAAAAGAAUUUGGGAUAUCCUGCAAUGAUUCUUUGCCCUUGCAAAGAUUGCCGUAAUGUAAGCCAUCAAGAUAGUACUACUGUUUUUGAACAUUUGGUUAUAAAGGGGAUGGAUUCCAAGUACAAGAAAAGAUCACAUUGGACAAAACAUGGAGAUCAAAUAGUAAAUGCUGAAAGUGUUGAUCAUGAAACCACCAUGGAUGAGGCAUAUAACUUAUAUAGAGCUGCCUACUUUAUGGAUGAAGAUUCUGUCCGGCCUACAAACUCUAUGGAUGAAGCUACUGUACAGAGGCAAGAUGAUCAAUUCAUGAAGAACCUCGAAGAUGCAGAAACUCCUUUAUACCCAGGUUGUCCUAAUUACACAAAGUUGUCAGCCAUUGUAGCUUUAUAUCGACUCAAAAGCAAGAGUGGAUUGUCUGAUACCCAUUUCAAUGAGCUUUCAGAGACUAUUCAUGGCCUGUUACCGAAGGAAAAUAUUCUGUUGAAGUCGUUGUACUCGAUUAAAAAGUUCCUCAAGAUAUUUGACAUGGGAUUUGAAAAGAUUCAUGCUUGCGAGAAUGAUUGUUGUCUUUUCAGAAAAGAGUAUAAGGCCUUGGACAAUUGUCCAAAAUGUGGUGCUUCAAGAUGGAAGAAAAAUAAGCGUACUAAGGAGAUCAGAAAAGGUGUUCCAGUUAAGGUUCUGAGAUAUUUUCCUAUCAUUCCGAGAUUUAGAAGGAUGUUCAGGUCUGCACAAAUGGCAGAAGAUUUAAGGUGGCAUUUCAGCAACAAAAGCACUGAUGGAAAAAUGCGUCACCCUGUAGAUUCUUUAGCUUGGGACAUGGUUAAUGAUAAAUGGCCUUCAUUUGCAGCUGAUCCACGCAAUCUCAGACUUGGACUUGCUACUGAUGGUUUUAACCCUUUCUCCAUCUUAAGCUCCAAGUAUAGUUGUUGGCCAGUAAUGCUCGUCACGUAUAAUUUGCCCCAUAUGUUAUGCAUGAAGAAAGAGAACAUUAUGUUAACAUUGUUGAUUCCUGGUCCAAAGCAACCCGGAAACGACAUAGAUAUUUAUCUACAACCACUUGUAGAUGCUUUGCAAUUGUUAUGGCAGAAUGGGGUGGAGGCUUAUGAUGCCUUCAGUAAAUCAACUUUCAAUUUGAAGGCAAUGUUGAUGUGGACCAUAAAUGACUUUCCAGCCUAUGGAAAUCUUGCUGGAUGUUGUACAAAAGGCAAAAAAGCAUGUCCUAUAUGUGGCAAAAAUACACAUCACAGAUGGUUACGCUUCAGCAAGAAAUUUGCAUACAUGGGUCACAGGAAGUUUCUUACACCCUCACAUCCAUAUCGAAGAAAGAAAUCUUGGUUUGAUAAUAGUGUGGAACAUGGUAGUAAGACUAGAAUUUUAACAGGACGAAACAUUUCUCUUGCUCUUAAAGAUUUUCCAAAUGACUUUGGAAAAGGUGGGAACAAAAAAAGGAAAAGGAAUAAUAAUGAAGAUGACACCAGUGAUGUUGAUGAUCAGAAUGAGCUUUCUAGGUGGAAGAAAAGAUCAAUCUUUUUUUGUUUACCAUAUUGGGAGGAACUUCUAUUACGUCAUAAUUUGGACGUAAUGCACAUAGAGAAAAACAUUUGUGAAAGCAUAAUAGGCACGAUGUUGCAUAGUGGGAAAUCAAAAGAUGGGAUUAGUGCUCGUAAAGAUUUAGAAGACAUGGGAAUUAGGAAAGACUUGCAUCCACAACAGCAUGGAAGCAGAUUGUACCUUCCACCAGCACCACAUACAUUUUCAAGGUCUGAAAAAAAAAGAUUUUGCAAGAGGUUAUAUGAUUUUAAAGGGCCUGAUGGUUAUUGCUCAAAUAUUGGGAACUGCAUAUCAUUGGAGGAUUCUAAGGUUAUGGGCCUCAAAUCUCAUGAUUAUCAUGUUCUAAUGCAACAAUUGUUGCCUGUUGCUAUAAGAGGAUUGCUUCCGAAAGGGCCUAGAAAUGCAAUACUUCGGUUAUGUACUUUUUUCAAUAGAUUAUGUCAGCGUGCUAUUGAUAGAGAAAAGUUGCUGAUUCUUGAGAAUAAGGUUAUUGAAACUUUGUGUCAGCUUGAACGGUUUUUUCCGCCAUCUUUUUUUGAUAUCAUGGUACAUUUACCGGUUCAUCUAGCAAGAGAGGCACGCUUGUGUGGACCGGUUCAUUUUCGUUGGAUGUAUCCUUUUGAGAGGUACAUGAAAACACUAAAAGAUUAUGUACGAAAUCCUGCAAGACCUGAGGGGUGUAUUGCACAGUCCUACCUAGCAGAAGAGUGCAUCACUUUUUGUAGUCAGUUUCUGAAAAAAUCCAUACAAGUGGAGGAAAAAGAAGUUCGGAAUGAAGAUUUUGUGAAUGAUGUCAUUCUUGAAGGUCGUCCAAUUUCUAAGGCUACAUCGAUUAUAUUGACUGACAAAGAGAUAGAGAUAGCACAUCGUUCUGUGCUACUGAACACAGCCAUAAUGGAUCCAUUUUUAGAUAUGCAUUUGGAAGAGUUGCAAGCAAAAGACAAACGACUUGCAAAUAAUGAAACCUUACUUUGGAACCGGCAUACCGAGAGAUUUGCAGAAUGGACAAAAAACAAGAUUCCUAUUGACUCGAAGAAUCACUCAAACACAUUAAGAUGGUUGGCAUAUGGUCCUAGAAAGAGUGCACUAUCAGUUAAAGGAUACAUUAUCAAUGGACAGCGGUUUCACACGAAGGAUGUUGAUAGAGAAACUCAAAAUAGUGGAGUGACUUAUGAUGCAAUAACCAUGUGUAGAGCAAGUGCAAAAGAUACUGCACAAGUGGCUGAUGUGGUUACUUACUACGGGAUAUUGACGGAUAUCAUAUUACUAGACUAUCAUCUAUUUUAUGUUCCAGUCUUUAAGUGUCAUUGGGCGAAUAAAGGAAAUGGUGUCAAGGAAGAAGAUGGAUUUACACUUGUAAACCUACAGCAAAGUCAAAUAUCAUUUGCAAGAGAUCCAUAUAUCCUAGCAUCUCAAGCAAAACAAGUUUUCUAUUCAAGAGAAGAUGAUUCCUCUAAUUGGUAUGUUGUAAUGAAGGCACCACCAAGAGGUUUCCAUGAGUUGGAGACAAAUGAUGAGAAUGUAGACGUAUCUUCAUUGCCACAGGAUAUUGAAAUGGACAAUGAUGAUUCUACUGAGACAGUUAGUUAUGUCAGGGAGGAUUGUGAGGGCCUACUUGUGUAG